ACUUAGUAUAGAAGGUGUUUAAAUAAUAAAAGGCACUAGAGAAAAACUAUUUGUCAACAAGGCCAUGUUAUAAACAUGUCAAGUGGCUGUGUCAUGGAAGGAUUAGUAUCCACCGUUUGCUUACUUUUUCUACUAAUUGGAAUACAAAAUGGAAAAGCCGAAAAACACUUUGGGAAUAUUAAGAUGCUGCCCGAGCAUGAGGAUUUAUUACUAAAAUGUAAAUUUCCUGAUAUUUUACCUCUUAAAAUGAAUUUUCAAGAUAAGACAUUGGAUAUAAAUCUGUUAGUUAAUCACGCGGUUUCAGCAAAUGUACCUGUGUAUGUAAUGUCUGAAAACGGAGAAGCUGUUGAGGAGGAUUUACGUACAGAUGAGUCCACGAUGGCUUAUCAAGACAGAAACAACAUGGCGGCAAUGGUAAUCACAUGUUCCCAAUAUCAUCUUGCAAAGAAACCAUUAUCAGUGGAAGGAAAAAUAAUCCAUAAAGGAAAAGCCUACAAUGUUGAACUUGUUGAUCAAGGCAAAGGUGAAUAUGUUUUUACCCCAUCCAAUUCACUCGACGAAGUAGAUUCUGUUACAUCUUUGGUCCACCGACAUAUAAAGAAUCCAGAGAUCAGAUCACAUAGACGAUUUAAGAGAAACACAAGAGAAUAUUUAAUAGAUGUACUUAUAAUGACAGAUUAUACAAUAUAUGACCAGUGGUUCAGCAUUGGUGGUCAUCCUAAUCCAGUGAUAAAAAGAAUACAAACUUUAGCUAAUAUAAGAAAAUAUUAUACAGUCUCGUAUAACUGGGUCAAUCUCAUCUUUCAAAAUUUUCCCGCCAGGGAUUUCCAGAUAACAGUUUUUGUGACAGGUUUCAUCAUUUCUGAGAAUAAAACCUCUUCAUUCUUGACAGAACCUUAUAGAAGUGGUAGGUAUGUGUAUGGAAUGAAUGUUCUAAAUGCUAUGAAACUCUGGAUAAAAAACAGUACAGAAGGGCAGAUACCACCACAUGAUCACAUUCAGUUGUAUUCAAGAAUGGAUUUUACUUCAGACGCAGCGUUACGAUUAAAUGGAAAUAAAGGUAGAGCGUUUACUGGCACCGUUUGUGCUGGUUCUUCGAGUGUGUCAUAUGUGGAAGAGAUGGGUGGAUUUAAUUCAGCAGAUGUAGCAGCACAUGAAUUAACUCACAGUUUUGGUUCCGACCAUGAUGGUGAACAGAAUUGGUGUGACUCUGCUACCCGGCAGUUGAUGUCAAAUAUAUUUGAUCCUACUGUAGCACGUUCUAAUCUUCCAUCAGACUGUACUAUUUAUUUUGUGAAACAGUACAUGAGAAACCAAGUUAGGAAAACGCCUGACUGUGUGCUAAAGCGAUUAAACACGUCAGCAGACGUACCGAACAUGGAGAAUAAACUUCCAGGAAUUGUUUACGAAGCAGACGCACAAUGUCAACAGGUCCAUGGGGCUAAGUCGUUUCAUUGCAGAAACAGUUAUGUAGAUAGUCCAGAUGCUUUUUGUUAUGAAGACCUGUACUGUUAUGAUCCUAUCCAAGAUGUAUGUGAUUUUCAAGUACCAGCACUCGGGACACCAUGUGAUAAUAAAGCUUGGUGUAUGGAUGGAGAAUGUCACUAUGAUGACAGAGCACCAGAAAGAGACAGUGAUUGUUUAUUUGGUGAUACGCCCUCUGGUUAUUAUAAUAUAACAGACACAGGAGAAUCAUGUGCACAGAGAAUUCUAUCAGCACCCUAUGAUUGUUAUGAUCAUUUCUUUAGCUCUGUAUGCUGUAAAUCCUGUGCAAAAAUAAAAAGAGACGUUCAAGAUUGCGAAUUUGGAGAUCAUGAGGAAAACUGUUUCUCCUUUUUAUGUGGAAGAAAUCGUACUUUUUAUGACGAUGAUGAUGCGUCGUAUGAAGCAGUAUGUUGUGCAACAUGUUUCGUACCAACAACAUCUUCGACAACAAUCAUUCCAACUACAAAACUAACAACAACAACUCCGUCAACAACCACAAAACUAACAACUUCUCCAACAACAACUACGAAACUAACAACCACCAUCAAACCAACUUCUGCCUCAACAACAACCACUCCUAAAACAACUACCAAAUUAACUACAGCCACACCAACAACCACACCAACUACGACUACUAAACUAUCAACAACCAACCCAACAACAACCAUUCCGACAGCAACUACCGAGCUGACAACAACCCCCCCAACAAGCACUCCGGAAAUUUCGAAAUCAUCAACAAUCAAACCUGCAAUAACAAGGACAACUGGCCAGCAAACUACAGUCCUAUCUGAAACAAACCAAAGACAAGGAUGUUCAGGACCAGAUCUUUUCCCAGAAGAAUGUGCUGUAGUGGUUAACCAUGGCGCUGAUUGUUCCAAAUUUGUUGAUGUUUGCUGUGUAGCGUGUGGCAACAAUAUUUCGGACAGAGUCUACGUAUUCUCUUAUUUAACGUACUUAUUAAUAUUCCUUAGUUAUAUAAGCUUAUUCAUAUUAUGUUAAAGCUUCUUAUCAACUUUGUUAAACCUGGUACAUUUCAAAUAUUCUAAAAUAUUUUCCCGCUUAAUUUCAUUUUCAUAGUAUUGAUGAGACGUCCUAUCAGUCAUAUAAUAGAAAUGUUUUCAAAAAGGGUUCUGUUAAGAGAUUUGAGCAUGUAUAUAUAUUUAUAUCUUUAGGGAUUUUGACUAAUGUCAAUUUCAUCGAAACUAGUUUUUCCAUCUACUAAUCGGUGUAUCGAUGGACUUUUGGAUAUUGCUUAAGUAAUGGUUAAUGCUGCCACCUGGAUAAUGAAGACGGAGCAAUACCAGCUCAUUAACCACUGUUGCAUAAAAUACAAAUUAUUUGUUGGUUAUUUUCAUUGGCCUAACAAGUUACCGUGUCUACUAGACAAAAAAGGUACUUAGUAAAAGAACUUUGAUUGGCUGGCUGACUGAUGGUAGGCCUAAAUAUACUGUCACCAGAAGUCCAACUUUUUAUUUAAAAUGAUCAAACCAUUCAAUGAAGAAACCCUUGCGGUUACAACAUUAGCUGAAGUUACACCUAUAUAUAUUAUAGGAAUAGCCUAGUCCUACUUGUAAGCCUAUAGAAGUCUGCACAAAUGAAAUAAUUUCUAUGAUGCGACAAAUUCAGAUAUUUACACGCACAACCUACGUGCACUGCAGUUGAUCCAUGAUGUGACCGCUCACUACUACAAUGCUCGCAAAGCUGUAGGCGAGCCCAAAAACAGACGCAGUCGGAUAUCGAUUGAAAGUAGUUCAGCUCUGAACGUAGGUCUCAUUACACUCGUCCUGUACGUUCAGGAACCGUCCUAUUGAAUCCUUGUUGAAAAACUUUCGAACCCCAGUCAAUUUUACUGGGCAACUGUUUGCUGCUAAACGGUCGCGUGCCCUGUGAACGCCUGUACAAUGUAAAGGAACAUUAUAGUGAAAAAAUAUGACCUUGCUUACGGUACCUCGUUAGAUCAGAAUGCGCGACACAUCAUGCUGUUGUCUCCCUUCAACUAUUAGGCAAUAACAGUCAAAUCUAAUAUUAUCUUCCCCAUGAUUUUGAUUCACCGGACAUGAAUAGCGAAUAAUAGCGAAGUUCUAUGGGUACCUUUGAAUUACAAAAAGAUACUAUAAUUAGCUUAGUUACAAUUUCAGUUUUAUGUAGUAUGAUUUUUCAUUUUCUAUCUCUCAUCUUCUCUGGGAAUCGAGUGAAGCAAAUAAUAACACUGAUUAUUUCAAACAAUUUGUCAUCUUCCUCGCUAUCCUUGGAUUUCCUUCUUCAACGGACAUGAUAGUGCAAGAUAUUCUAAGUUCGGAUUGAAACGAUAAUGAUUUAUUUCAAUGAAUCAUCGCUUUAAAUGUAUGGAAUGUUGAUUUUACUGAUCAUUUUCUAAGAAUAAAGAAGGUAUCCUUCAACAAGGGCAAGAUU